CCUGGCCGUGGCCGCCGCUCGCAGCCCAGCCCGCGCCGCCGGGGCUUGCUGCCGCCCGGCUGUCCGCACCGAGUGCGCCGCGGCAGCCCGAGCCGGGACGCCGGCCCCGAGCGCCCCGCAGACGGACGGGCGGCUGUGGACGCCCGGCCAGCAGCCCGCAGCCCGCAGCAUGGAUUCGGAUUCCGGCGAGCAGAGCGAGGGCGAGACCGUGAUCGCUGCAGUCUUAAAGUAUUCUUCAUGAGAAAGCUUCAGAGCUAGAUGCUAAUUUAUCACCUUGCUGUGGCUGCAUCCUGUCAAAUGGAAACCCUUGUUGCAGCUUCUGAUAUGAGUUGAAUGACAGGUCCUGAUGUUUUUAGUUCAAAGAGCCUUGCCCUUCAAGCCCAGAAGAAGAUUUUGAGCAAAAUAGCCAGCAAAACCGUGGCCAACAUGUUGAUUGAUGACACCAGCAGUGAAAUCUUUGAUGAGCUCUACAAAGUCACCAAAGAGCACACCCACAACAAGAAGGAAGCCCACAAGAUCAUGAAAGACUUAAUCAAGGUGGCGAUCAAAAUUGGGAUCCUGUACCGGAACAACCAGUUCAGCCAGGAGGAGGUUGUCAUUGUGGAAAAGUUCAGGAAGAAGCUGAACCAGACCGCCAUGACCAUCGUCAGUUUCUAUGAGGUGGAAUACACCUUUGAUAGGAACGUGCUCUCCAAGCUCCUACAUGAAUGCAAGGACCUGGUGCAUGAACUGGUGCAGCGACACCUGACGCCCAGGACCCACGGGCGCAUCAACCAUGUCUUUAACCACUUUGCUGAUGUGGAGUUCCUCUCUGCCCUUUAUAAUCUGGAUGGAGACUGUAGGUCCAACCUCAAGAGGAUCUGUGAAGGAAUCAAUAAAUUGCUGGAUGAGAAAGUCCUCUGAAUGCCUUUCCUCCUUCUGGACUUUGCUGCGUUCAAGUUACAGCACCCGAAAUGGUCCAGUUGAGAAUCAAGAAAACAAAAAGAAACCCUUGUCAAAGACACCCAUGUUCUGUCCUAGUCACCUAUCUGAUGUUGAUGCUGAAUUAAGUUCAGAUGUGUUUAUCCCCUGAGUUUGCUGAUGAGGCUGUACUUAAAAACACCUUGUUGGCAAGCCCAAAAGACAUUUCAUCUAUUCUAAGCAGCAAGGCUGCCCUGCUCAUCAAGGUGGGCUCAGUCCAUCUUGUGGAGUGGAAGGUGCUCUGGACCAGGAGUUAGAGGACAUGGAUUUGGUUCCCAGCUCCAGUAGUUACAACUCCAUCUUCUGCAUCCAGGAACCAUGAUGGCUGCCUGCCUGCCUCCUAGGGCUGCUAUGAGGAUCAGAUGAGAUGAUGUAUGUUCAUGCUUUUGAAAACUCUAAUGUAAGGUCUUACUAUUUUCUACUUAGAGUGUGAGAGGGAUCAACCUGGAUCUAGACUAUUAAGCAGCAGAGAAGAACAAUAGUAUCUAAUGGGCUGGGUUUGCAAUCUGUCUCUAGGUGUGCUGUUUCAUACAAAAUAAAAAUAAAUCCAAAGGUGUGAAAAAGUAGAGCUGCAAAUUGGAAAAAUGUUUUUGAAAAGCUGUGUUUUUUAGGUCCUCGAUGUGCAGGUUUAUGAUCCUGCAGAGGUAAACUUUCCUGGAGUGGGUGGAAGGAAAGUUCCCCCAAAAACAUGGAAACAGAGAACUGUGCUCCCCCUGUAGGACCAGCCUUCCCCCAUCUACAGUAUCUGUGAGGCAUGGGAAGGGUUUACUCUGGCAUGCACCGGAGAGUUGGACAGAAUGAAUCCCUACCUGGCUUUCUUGGCCUUUCAUAGUCAUUUUGUGGUGUUUUCUCUGGUUCGUUAAUAAAUUAAACUACCCUUCAAACAACAGGUUUUGGAGUUGUGAUUCAAAAAUAAAAUUCCUUGGAGUUAGAUACAGUGUUAAGAAUAAAGGGUAUGAAAGGAACAUAAAAUGAAGAGUAAGGGAAAGCUGUACCCCAGGCCCUAAGGGGAAGAAACCCCAGCGGGAGUGCCCACGGGGUGGGGCCUGCAUCCCAGGUCACUGGGCAGCCAGCUCCUCGACAUGGUGACUGCCUUCUCCGGGUGUCUCUCGGGCUUGCUUUAACACUAGAUUCUGACUUCUUUUCAUCAUAAUCUUAACAGACAUCAGAACAAUAUAUUUACUGCCUUUCAUGUUGUCUAGAGGACACAUACCACAUUAGACUUGCUCUCCCUACAUCACCUCCUGUCCUGCUAUGUUUCUCUUGUAUUGGGUGACAAUGUAAAAAUAUCACUUUGGUUCAUCCCCAUGGGUUCAUCCCACCCCAUGGGAUCUCUCUGACAGGGGCAUCAAGACAUAGAUUUGUGGGAGGGUAUAAGCAACACGCCCUGAACUGACAGUGGCCAUUCAAUCUUAACUGGCUCCCAUGUCAACCUAAGAGUGAACCAGCUAGUUAAGUUCUUCAGCCACCAGCUCACAAAAUUAGUUCAUAGGAAGGAUGUCCAGUAAGGAAUAGGGAAUAGUCAGCCUGUUCCCCACAUCUGACAAACAUGGCCUAGCCCCUCCUCGAAGACCCAAGGACGGGACAGUAAUGCCUGUGCACAUCUGCACUGGGCAGGUCGUUGGUCAUCCAGGCAGUGCUCAUGGGAACGGCCUGAUAAGCAGCAAGCAGCCCAGCACAUUCACAUUUUCACAUACAGAGUCCUCAGUGCCCACCUUGGUGUACUCCUCUGGUUAAGGACUGCUUUCUAACUUGAGGGAUGGUUCUACUAGCAGGUUCUUUUUUCCUUAAGUAGGUGAACCUAUCCAGUCAAAUCAGACCCAAAAGGAAUGGGUGGAACUGUCAUCUUUUCAUCUGCAACAGGGCAGGGAAGCAGGCAGGAUCCCCAGCCAAAAAGGUGGCAGGCUCUCCCCACUCUACAGGCCACAGCACAGCAGUGGCGGCAGAGGCGGGCUAAGCAGGAUCUGACAGCUCAUGAGUCCCUAAGGAAACUGGGUCCUCCUUGUUCUGACCAGAGAAGACUCAGCACUUCCACCAGCAGGUCUCAGCAAGUGCAACAGCAGAGUGUAGACCAGAACACAGUCUAUGGUUUUAAGCUUCCCCCCAAGACAGACAAGGGGCUCGCUGGCUACAGCAGAGCCAGCUGGGUUAUCUCAAGCUCAUCAGCAGUAGCCAGGGAGAGCUGGGCUACCCACCACACCUCUAAAAAUAACCAAACCCAAUCCCAGGUGCAUACCUUUCAAAUAUACAGUUGGCAGUAAAUUCAAGUUAUAACUGCAUCUCCUGAACCAGCUGAAAAGCUUGCAAAUUUCAAGUGCUUAACAUGACAAUCUAGAAACCAAAGGAACAAUUUCAUUCUUGUUUUAUCCUGAGGACUCUAACAUCAUGUAGUGGCCCUGAAAAGCUGUUUAGGGUGAAAAAGAUAGGACAGAGGCCAGCAAGUGCUUUCAAAACUAGGACUCCAUAGAGUGUGUUUGUGCUCAGAACUACACAAAAUUUUCAGUAAUGAGAAUCCACAAAAGUAAAGUUAGAAUAUUUUCAUUUCCUAGCACCUGAAAGAAAACCGCUUUCAAAAGAAGCAACAGCACUCAACUGAUCACGCCCCAGACAACUUCAGAGUAAUGCCUGGCUCAGCAAAUCAGGGGAAGAGACAGGACUCACACUUUUUAGGAGAGGGGAGCAGAAGCAGCUUGUCUCAGUCAUCUGGAAACACCGGUGGAUGUUCAGCCACCCCUGAGCACUCAGCCCUGUCCCCACGGGAGGACACGAGGGACUUGUGCUGAAGCUCCUGGCCUCCCCCGGUUCUGAAUCCUUCGUGUACCUGAACCCUGCGGAAACACACUGACUGCCGGCUGGUUCUGCCGUGUGUCUGUGUCACUUUUCGUCCCUGUGUUCGCGUCUGUGAGUCUUGACACCCUCAGCAAUUACAGGUCUCUGCUCAAUGACAAAUCAAAAUGAAAAGACUUCUCCAUCUGUGCUUCUCCUCCAAACUCCCAUCUCCCCCAUCUGUACAUUUUUCAGAAGCAAAAAUCAGUACAUUCACUGGUUGCUCAAUGGACUUCUUGUAUCCGUUUAUAAAGAAAAGAAAGGAUCUCAAAUCAGGCUCACAUGCCCUCUACCCCAUUCGUUUUUUGUUUGUUUUUCAAUUCAACGUGGCUCCAGAUGUCAAGAGCAAAACCAACCAGUGGAAUUCUAGAACAGCCAACUUUGGCUACGAGAGCACUGCAUCAGCAGCUGUCUGGUAAUGGACUGGGAUGCUGACACGAGUCAUGAAUCAUAUGGUCUUGAAGAAGAGGCUCCCUCAGGCCCUCCCAAUUCAGAAUUUUAUGACCACUUUCCCUCCUUUAGUCUCAGUGGACUAUGGAGCCCACCUCCUGUCCCUCCUAAGAAGGUCUUGCUUAUUAGCAGUAAACACUCUUCUACAACCCUCUUCCUCAAAAUGGCAUCUAGGAAUCCCUGAGAGUUUGUGGUGGUGGGAGGGAGAGAAAAGUGGCCAUGAGUUCUAAAAGGAGUUUUAGGUUUUUGUUUCAUUCUGACUUUAAAAAAAAAUUAAAAAGUACCUUCUGAAGCUAGUGACAUGACUACAGCCAGGUAUAUAUCUACCUUCAGGGUCUAAGUAUCUCUUCGUGUUUACAAUGUCAUUCAUGCUAACUGGUCAACACAAGUGAAAGAAUUUAACUGAAAGUAUUUCUCCAAUUAGGCCUGGCAUCCCUUAGGGGUCUGCAGGCAUAGCUUAGGGGUCUGUGAAUCCUCAAUUUUGAGAAAGAUUGCUACAACAUAUGGAAAUGUAGGCUUGUAUGCAGAUAAUGUCACUCUGCCCUUGAUGGUGACUCAUGUGUCAGUCAGGGCUCAAAGAUUAAUGGGUGAACCAGUGUGUGGGAGACACACAGGCCUGCUGCAGAAAGAGGUGGGCUCCCACAUGUCCCGACUGCCCUUUGAAACUGGCCAGCAAAAGUGACUACAUAUAAAUCAAAGAAUUGACCAACUGUCUUGGCAAUCCUACUAAUAAAUCUCAAAGGUAGAAGAGAGGCCAUUGCUGGACACACCAGCCACUGGUCCUCCCAAGGAAGGGAAUAGAGAAGAAAUCUUAAAAAGCCUCCUUGCAAAGAAAAGUCACCUGUACCCGCUCACUCUAUCCCAGCUCCAGCUUCAUCUGCUGUAGUGCGGAGUCCCAGGCAUCAAGAGUGUGUGUGGUUCCGGGAUCCCAGGCGCUAAUUCAUUGGCUGAAUUUAAGGCAUGUGGCACUCAGAUCCUGGUGGCAUGGAAUUCCUCCCAGCUGCGGAAGAGGAAUCAGCCAGAGCAAGCACUCUCACCUCCCACCCCCACCCCCACAGUACCAUUGCACCAAGUCCUUUCCCUUCCUUUGCUGGGGCUGGGCCAAGGUCUCUGCAGAGGAAGGGUCCUGGCCACCCACCCAGGCAGCCAGGCCCCCCAGGCUGUGACAGAGUUCCUCUUUGCUGACCGCUAAGGCCAUUCUGGACCAGUGCCUAGGACAAGGGCGUCUGGUGUUUGGCUCCCAAGGAGGAGCUGGGUCGGAGCCAGAGCUUGGCACAGAGCAAGUGCUGGAGGCUGGUGGGGAAGCAGCAAUUCGGUUGUGUUGUAGAGGGGAAGGAGCAUUCUUCCAGGUCCUGUCACUUGGGAGGAGGAGCCUGUGGCUGGUCCCCACAGUGACUGGCCUUCUUCCACCUCUCAGAGCAGCAACUUCCCCACCAAAAGGGUCAUAUUCCCUCAGUAAUGGGAUGGGCUGCCCCAGCUCUACAAAAAGUUACAACUUGAUUUUAGAAAUAGAUUUUUGGAUUUGGUUUUAGGGAGACAAGGGAGAUGGAUGUACUGCAUUUUGUUUUCAGCUUUCAUAGGCAGCUCAAAGUGUAGAACAUGGAACGAGCCACAAGUCAGAAGGUUUCGUCUUAGUUCCCCUACUACCUGGGAAUUUCCUUUCACUUUGCCUCUCCUGGGCCUCAGUUGCCUCGGCUGUAAACAGAGUUGCACCAUGUAUCUAAGAAUCCUUCCAGUUCCAUAGGUCUAUCUUCUGAACAUCUUAGGAGAGAAGCUCUGGGUGUUUCAGUGUCGUAGGUUGCUCAGAAGGGAAGCUAUUCAUUAUUUAAAUGAAGCAAUAGCUUCCAAAUAGACUGAGAAAUGACUCCUCAAUGAUCUCCUUCAGGACUUUGAAUCGUGAAUCUAAGUUCAUGAUUUCUGAGAGGAAGAGCUUUAAGCCAGAAAAUGCAAGGUAAAACCGGGACUCCAUACAGACCAGAGAACUGGACAAUGUAGGCCCAAGUAGUCAGUCUCCAGCUUAGCUGGUGCUGGCAGGAAUUCAAUGUCAGGACCAACCCUCUACUGAUACAUACAUUUCAAAUUGAAGUGUGUCAGACUCCAUAACGUAUCUCUGUAGAGAUAAGAGAGUAGUGAGCAAAGUCAUUAUAUAAGUCAUUACUGAGUUGUGUCAAAUUUCAUAAGAAAUUAUCAAAUUGUUUUUAAAUAUAUUAAUAAAGCCAUCCCACCAACAAACGGGCCAUUUUAUGGGCUUUUCAGAUCUUUUUCUUCUCCCUGUACUGUAUGAAACAUAUUUCAUGUUCCUUUACCAAGCGUAAAGGAACCAUGCACCCUUAUGUGGUGGACACACUGCCACUGCACCACUGAAAGAGCACUAUCCUUACCCAUAUAUAAAACGACAUUCUUUGGAA